AAGAAAAGGUAUAAAUUGUUGAAUGCUAACUCCAUUGAUUUUGUUUGGUAAUGGCAACGGCAGGCACAGGGCCGUGGACAACUUCAGUGGUGAGAUCCUCUCCAAAGUCGUCCGCCACAGCCGCAACAAAUCGGAAUCCUUUUCAACCUCCUCCGCCGCCGAGGAGGAGCCGAUCAAUCCUGCUUCGGCCGUUCAAAAAUGGAUAUCCAACAUCCUCAAACCCUCCAAUCCCGCUAUUUCCAUCCCCGAUCCUCCUCCUUCCACUCCUCGCAAAUCUCGAUUCCACCCCGAUCUCCCCCCUUCUCGCCUCCCAAUUCCUCCCUCAGAUGCCCUUCUUUCACCGCCUAAAACCCUCACUGAUCAUCCACCUAGAAGAACGGUCUCAUCGCCGGCUUUUUCUCUUCAGACGAUUAGGCCCAAAUCCAAUCUAAAUGGGUUUUCGAGGGACGAUUCUGGAGAUUUGGAAUUUGGUCUUAAUGGGUUCCUCAAAGAACAGCGGAGCAAGAUUCAACAAAUCUCAAAUGGGGAGCUUCAUGCCGAAGUUAAAAUUAUCCUCUCGGGGCCUUCAAAUAGCACUAGUUCAAUGGUGGCAGCAGUUUGCUAUGCUUGGCUACUUGAGAACAAAAUGAGGCAGAGUAAUGCCGAGACCGGUCGAGAGUGUCUUGUGGUUCCUGUGAUGAAUAUGCAGAGGGGAAAUAUGUGGAACCAACGGCAGGUUGCUUGGCUGUUUUAUCACCUUGGACUUGAUGCUUCCUCAAUUCUUUUUACUGAUGAGGUGGACUUAGAAAGUCUGAUGAUUUCUGGUCGAACUAGCAUCCUUGUGGUAGGGCAAGAUGUCCUUAAGAUGAGUGAUGGAGUUGGCUCUCAGUGCACCAUUCUUACAGAUAACUAUUGCGAAGAUGCCUAUCAUUUACUUCAAACCCCAUUGUUGAAGAAUCUUUUGCUUGCAGGAAUCCUGUUGGACACGAAAAAUCUCGAUGCAUCUUCUCAAUCAUCCAUGACAAGAGAUGCAGAGGCGGUUCAGUUGUUAUCAGUUGGCUCAGCCCCAAAUUCUAAGAAUGGACUUUAUGAUCAACUGAUGCGUGUUCAAAAGGAGAGCCCAUUUUUGGAUUCCUUGAUGCAAAAUUAUGGAAAGCCUCCCAGUGAUGGUAGCAACAACCGCGUGGGGCAUUCAGAGCGUAUCAAGGAGAGGAACCAAACAUCCAUCUCACCCCAUGGUGAUGCAAUUAAUCAACAAAAGAAAUCUAAUGAUUCUGGAACUGCCAAAACCUGCAGGGUUUCGCCAAAAUCCGCUAAACCCAGUUCAUUACCUUUUCAAACACCAGGUAGAGAAGCAUCCAACCCAUCUCGUGGAAAGAAUAAAAAUUUCUUGGCAAAAUGGUUUGGUUUUGGAUCGAAAUGAGAAAAAUAUUAGCACGGUAUGAUCGAAUUUUAGCUGAGUUCAGAGAUGCCAGUAUUUUAAUAUCAUUUCAUUGGUUUGAGUUUUUCCUUGAGCAGUUUAUCGAUUCACCAUGAUCUGAGUUUUAUCCCACAUUUUCACAAAAUAUAUGUUGUUUUUUUCCAUUGCAAUGUAUUAGGAAUUUUAGUAACAGUAGAGUCUUUUGAUGAUUCUUCUGAAUAGAAGAUUCAUAAACAUUCAUUCAUGUUGGUAUUUGUUAUCACCAAAUACUGGAAAUUCAGAAUUUUGUAAUUUGUAAUUGGUAUUACGAAUGGUGGUUUUGUAAAAAAAAUAUGUACUAUAUAUAAUUAGCAUUUGUGAUUGUUUAGAAUUGGAAAGAGAUAUG